AGACAUCAAUAUUAUAAUUUUUUUCUUACUACAAUAUUAAAUUAAUUAGCGAUUUCAAAGAAUGGAUGAAAAAAAUAUCGAAAUAGAUAUACUUAAAAAUAUAGAAUUCAUGAUCAAAUGUAACAAUGAACGACUUCAAUGUAUUGAAAACAAACAAAGCAAUGAAUCAGCGGAAGAAAUGAAGUUAUUACAUACGAAUUUAAGCAUCUUGACACGUCUUAAGCAAAAUUUAGAUACUCAAUCUAGUUUGCAACAGUCAAAAUCAGAUCCGCAGCCAUCAACAUCCGCAUCAACAAAAAUGCCUAAUAUUCCAAAUAAAAGAGAACUAUCUCCUGAAUCGUCAAAUGAGGGUGCUAAAAAAUCACGUACUGAUUCGAUACCGGAAAAAGAUGCUAAUGGUUUGAUAGCGGAAAAAGAUGAUACUGAUUCGAUACCGGAAAAAGAUGCUACUGAUUCGAUACCGGAAAGGGAUGCCAAUGGCUUCCUUAACUGUAACCGUUGCGCAUAUAGGACGGAUAAUAUAAAGUAUUUUCGAUUUCAUCUACAAGAUCAUCGAAGAAUAAAAGUUUAUCCUUGCACAAAAUGUUCAGCCAUUUUUAAAAAUGAAAAUAGCCUAAUUGCACAUCGUAUUACUGAUCACAAUAGAAUGAAAUAA